AUGGCAUGGCUCAAUAUAUUCAAGUCUCGGACUGGCUUUGACUCGAUUGAAUUCGAGAGACAGUUGAAGCAAAUCACAAACUCCAUCACCCUUACUGAGAGGCGAAUCGUCAGCACACAGAGCAACCACCGCCGCUUCCGUUUGUUAUUCAACAUCUAUUCCUGGUUGGGAUACAUUGUGGGUGUUUGCUAUGUCUUAUUCACUACCAAAUCACUUGCUAAGAUUGACUUGAACAAGGCUGUGGGCUGUCUUGUAUCGCCCUUGUUCAUCUUUAUCUUGCGAUUCUUGAUCAACAAGUAUCAGGCCUGGACCGCGGUGCGCUUGACUGCCAAAUUAACCACCUUGAGGGAACAGCAUGAAUCGAAAAUCGACGAGUUGAAGGAAUUGACCAAUUUCAAUACUACCCACGAUUUGUUAAGAAAGUUCGGUGAUGGUGAAGAUUACGACUUAAUGGCCCAGGAAGAAGCCGAGUUGCUUGCCCAGCAACAGGAGCGGUUGGUGAGAUUGAAACAACUACAAGAGAAAGGUGCAUUAGACCUUCAAAGCUUCCAAGAUCCUUCAUUAACGACUAAGAAGGCGUGGUCCGAUAGGGCUAUGGAUCUUCUUUUGGGCGGUGAAGAGGCGAAUCCUAGUAGCCAGUAUGCAUUGAUUUGCUAUAACUGUAAGAAGCACAACGGGUUGGCCCCACCAAAAUCCUUACCCCAAGAGGUUGAGUACACCUGCCCCAACUGCGGGGCCUUUAACCCGCAAAGGGUGCCGAUUUCCGACGAUUCCCCGGCGAUUGAAGCUACUACCCCAGUUGAGGAGGUUCUCGCUUUAUCUGAAGAUGCGCCGGGUGCCACGGAUAUCAUUAACGACGAAGUGAUCUCUACUGGCGUCGAAAAAAACCAGGAAACUCUUCGAAAGAGGUGA